UUAUAGUUUCAAAAUAAAAGAGCAGAGUUAUUAAAAUGUUAAUAUUUUUUACUGUGUUCAAGUAAAACGACUGAUCGUAUUUCUUCUUUUCAUCCCAAGGCUCUGCGCGCUGUGCAGUUUCAGCUCUCUGAUCUAAAAUCAUUUAUUUUCAUGUGUCGGAGUCAGAUUUCCUUUUAAAGGACUUCUGCGCUUGUGGAACAAACAUAAUUUGUCUGGAGCUUCCUGGGACUUUAACCCUGAGAUGGCAUAAGCUUCUGGACUUAUUGGAUUUGUAACAAAGGCAUGAAAGUACAUUGAGCAGAGGAUUUAAGUAUUCAUUUAUUCCUCCGAGCCCAACGGUUGUCACAGUUUUGUGCAGCGAUCAGGUUUUCGAAUUGAAACAAUGAAGUCCAGAGACAGAAACGUGCAGGAAACCACCAAACGAAACAGAAAAACAUCAGCAAAGAUUCAAAGGUCCAGCAACCUGAGUCUGUGCAGACAUGUGAUGUGCUCAUGAGGACCGCUCGGAGCGGUGAGGCCUGCAGGAUGCCUUGAUUGAAAGCAGCCGGGGAACCAUGACACGGCGUGUCCGGCUGGGCCAGGAGGGGGUGCGUCGAGCAAACUAGUCAUCGUGGUUGACAGAUGCCCCCAGAAAGCCACUAACAGGAUGACGCCUGCGCUGCGAGGGCUGCGGGGUAAAGACGGAUUAUGUCUGAGCAGUAGAUAAACAGAUUAUUCCAGAAACAGUGCCUACUUUUUUAACCUCGUCACUCUUGCCACACUUUGCAGCAGGUCCUGUUCUGGAUCGGUUUACGCUUCCACACGCAUCCUGGAAUUCAUCGGGAGCGUUUCAGCAGCCGCUCAGGGUCCCCCGAAUGACACAAGGUCGACCCACGCCCAUGAUCUCCACCUGAGCCAGAGGAGCCCCCUCCUCUCCGCUGACACCUUCCCUUGUGCUGCUGGAUUUACUUUGACGUUCAUAUUUCAGGAGACCGUCCUUCAUGAUGCUUUGGGCGUUUGGACUCGCUCUGCUGCUCGCCGUCGCUCCGCAGGCUGCCGUGAUUAAAGAGGGCGACGGAAGGAUGGACUCGGGGGUGAAGAUGGAGGCCGUUGGCCCGGCGGGACUGGCGCAGCUGCUCAAGAUGCCCACCCUCACCAAAAGUUCAGGGUUUGAACCAGAGCUACGCCGCUCCAAGAGGUCGGUGUUUUUACACUCCGGAGUGAGAAUCUGCCCCCAGGAGACCAUCAGUGAGGUGAUCGCAAGCCACCAGGCGUACUACCAGCUCAGAGUUUGUCAGGAGGCGGUGUGGGAGGCGUUCAGGAUCUUCUUCGACAGGAUUCCGGGGACGGCCGAGUACCAGCGAUGGGUUCACACGUGUCAGCACGAGUCGCUCUGCAUCUCUGACCUCGCCAAAAACUUCAGCGACUCGGAGGAGCACGUGCGCAUGAUUCAGCGGAGGAUGGACCGGCUGAGAGACAGGAGGCCUUCAUCACGGGGAGCGACGACUCCUGCACCGACGCAGAAGCUCCCGGAGAUCACAGGUCCCGAGGCUCAGACCGAUCCCCCGUCAGCGCCUCCGGUGCUCGUCACCAGCACCACUGUCCUCUUCAGUUCCACGAGUGCCUCUCCAAGCUCCGCCCCUGACACGACCCACCCUGCCAAGGAGCUCAAAGAGGACCCGGAGCUUCCAAACGUCGUCCCAGAGAGUCCGGUGGAGCAGAUCGUGGAGUUCAGUAUCGACCUGGUGGAUCCGGGUUACAGAGAGCUGCUGGAUGACCCGGAUUCCCCUCAGUACAUCGACCUGGCACAACACCUCCAGGACCAGAUGCAGCAUGUCUUUGACAAACUUCCUGGAUUUAGAUCCAUCCAUGUGCUGGGUAUCAGCGAGACCCAGGACACUGACGGGCCUGGAGGAAUCUCGGUGCACUACUCUCUAGUCUUUGAGGUCAGUUCCCCUCAAAUCACCUCUGAGAUUUCAGAGAAUGCGACUGACACGCCCAAGUCUUCCUCAGCCAACUCUGCACUCAGGGAAAUGGUGACCAAGGCUCUGCGUGAGGAGGCGUCCCUUCCAGUCGACCUGGAUUCAAUUAACUUUGAACCAGAAAAGAUCCUUCUACCAGCAUUGAGAGCCACUGCUUCAGUUGGAGUAAUGAAUCAGUCCAGCGAGCCUGAUUCACACAACGAGUUGGAAAUUUCCACUGUGGAGCCAGAGGUUGACAAACCCUGGCCAGCAGUUUCCCUCACCCCCAUGGAGAAGGAAAAUGCCCUGGAGAUCCUGCUUGACCCAACAGCAGUCCCAGAUGAUGAUGCGACAGCGGUGACCGGUGGGGUGGCAGAGGGCAGUGAUCAACUCCCGGGCUCGGAGGACGUUACUGAUGAGUCGAUUUAUGUGAGUGAACCCGGGCCAUCAAAGGAAGAGGGGAAGGGAGAAGAAUUGCUGAUCAUUACACAUGAGAUUGAAACCAUUCAUCAUGAUGAAACCGGUAAACUUGUGCGAGACUACAUUCCCACCCCUCCUGCGCUUCUUGAGCUGGAGACAGAUGCUCCCUACGUCAGUUUGUCUCCUAACCUGAUACCAGAGGGAGACCUGAGUCCUGUUGGUGAUGACAGAGAAGGUCCUAGAUUGGACACUGUUCAGAUUACCCCAACCGCUAAUAUUAUAUUCACUACAAUUCCUGCUGCAAAGGAGGCGCCCGAUGUUAGACUCCCCAUCACAACACUCUCCACCAUAACAGCCCAGCCACCCACAAAGCCAACAGUGAGACUUCAUGAAGACGAAGAAGAAAAUGCUCUUCCAGAGGAAGAAGAGGAGGUACAUUUGGGUGUCUCUAAAACCCACGAUGCUGGUGAUAUUUCAGAAACAAAGGAUGUUUCAGAGUUGGAAAAUGAAAAGGGCCUGCUCGAACCAGAAAGUGGGUUGGCAGUUGAACCUGAUGAAGAAUCGCUCAAGGUUUUGCAAGCAACUGUUGAAGUUUCAGAGACAGUUGAAGGAAUAUCUGAAGUUUCAGAGUCAGCCAAAGAAGUAUCUGACAUUUCAGAGACAGUCAAAGAAUCAGCUGAAGUUUCAGAGCCAGUCAAAGAAUCAUCUGAAGUUUCAGAGACAGUCAAAGAAUCAGCUGAAGUUUCAGAGACAGUCAAAGAAGUAUCUGAAGUUUCAGAGACAGUCAAAGAAUCAUCUGAAGUUUCAGAGACAGUCAAAGAAUCAGCUGAAGUUUCAGAGACAGUCAAAGAAGUAUCUGAAGUUUCAGAGACAGUCAAAGAAUCAGCUGAAGUUUCAGAGACAGUCGAAGAAUCAGCUGAUGUGUUUAAACUAAAAGAAGUAGUAGCUGAAAUUUCCAAGGUAGAUGAACUUCAAGAACCUGACAAAGAAGGAGCAACUGUUGCAGACCCUGAUGAAAAAGUAGCUGAAGUAUCAGUUGAAAAAGAAGUACAUGGGGUUUCUGAACCAGAAAAAGAAGUGCCUGAAGUUUUAGAGUCAGACCAAGAAGUAGCUGAGGUUUCCAAACCACACAGAGAAGUGCCUGAAGUUUCAAAGCUAGAAAAAGAAGUAUAUGAGGUUUUUGAAAGGGAUAAUGAAGUGCCUGAAGUUUCAGAGCCAGUAAAAGAGGUAGCUGUAGCCUCAGAGCCAGGUCAUGAAGUAGCCGAGGCCUCAAAACCAAAUCAAGAAGUAUCUGGGCCUUUGGAGCCAGAUCAAGAAGUACUUGCGCCUUCAGAGCCAGGUCAAGAAAUACCUGCGCCUUCAGAGCCAGGUCAAGAAGUACCUGCGCCUUCUGAGCCAGGCCAAGAAGUACCUGCCCCUUCUGAGCCAGGUCAAGAAAUACCUGCGCCUUCAGAGCCAGGUCAAGAAAUACCUGCGCUUUUGGAGCCAGGUCAAGAAGUACCUGCCCCUUCUGAGCCAGGCCAAGAAGUACCUGCGCCUUUUGAGCCAGGUCAAGAAAUACCUGCGCCUUCAGAGCCAGGUCAAGAAGUACCUGCGCUUUUGGAGCCAGGUCAAGAAGUACCUGCGCCUUCUGAGCCAGGCCAAGAAGUACCUGCGCCUUCUGAGCCAGGUCAAGAAAUACCUGCGCUUUCAGAGCCAGGACAAGAAGUACCUGCGCUUUCUGAGCCAGGACAAGAAGUACCUGCGCUUUCUGAGCCAGGUCAAGAAGAACCUGCGCCUUCUGAGCCAGAUCAAGAAGUACUUGCGCCUUCAGAGCCAGAUCAAGAAGUACUUGCGCCUUCAGAGCCAGGUCAAGAAAUACCUGCGCCUUCAGAGCCAGGUCAAGAAAUACCUGCGCCUUCAGAGCCAGGUCAAGAAGUACCUGCCCCUUCUGAGCCAGGUCAAGAAGUACUUGCGCCUUCAGAGCCAGGUCAAGAAAUACCUGCGCCUUCAGAGCCAGGUCAAGAAAUACCUGUGCCUUCAGAGCCAGGUCAAGAAGUACCUGCCCCUUCAGAGCCAGGUCAAGAAGUACCUGCCCCUUCUGAGCCAGGUCAAGAAGUACCUGCACUUUCGGAGCCAGGUCAAGAAGUACCUGCGCCUUCAGAGCCAGGUCAAGAAGUACCUGAAGUUUCUGAAGUAGAUAAUGAAGUGCCUGAAGUUUCAGAGCCAGUCAAAGAGGUAGCUGAAACCUCAGAGCCAGGUCACAAAGUAGCUGAAAAUGCAAAACCAGACACAAAAGUGCCUGAAUACUCAGAGCCAGGUCAAAAAGUACCUGUAGACUCAGAGCCAGGGGAAGAGUUUAUAGUAGAAUCUCAAGAAGUUGCUGUUUCAGAGCCAGAAGAAGUAAUUACAGAAGUAAUUACUACUCUAGGUAUUGAAGAGAAGGACCUUGAAGUUUCAGAGCCCAAGGCAGAAGCAGAAGAUAGCACCGUCAAAGAUCUGACAGAAGAAGCACUGCAUGAACAAACCAGUGUUUUACAACCAGAAGAGGAAAAAGCAAAAAUUACAGAAGAGAUUAAAAAAAUGGAUGAAAAUGUAAUUCCAACUUUGCAGCCUGAGCCAAAUGUGGGGGAUGUUAAAGAACCAGAGGAAGAGUCACAACUCACAGGUGUAGAAGAUGUUUCAGAACCAAAAGGAGAGGUGGUUGAUGCCGCAGGAUCAGAAAAACUAGUGCCAGAGGCCUCUGAACCUGAAGCAAAAGUAAUUGAGGAAAAGCCAGCAGAUGUGAAACCAGCAGAAGAAGAGGUUUCUGAGGGUCCAGCACGAGAUGAUAAAGAUGUCGAAAGAAAGGAGGAAGAGGUUUUGCGGGUAGAAAAAGUUAAACCUCCAGCAGAAGAAACUGCAGAACCAGAAACUGCACCGACAAGGGAAACCCAAGUGCCCAAAGUAACAGAAAUGGCACCUGUGGAAGUUGGGACUGCAGAAUCAGAAAAGGAGCAAGAAGAAGUACCAGAACCGACUGAGUCGGUGGUAGAGAUGAAAAAGGUACCAUACGAACCAUUACCUGGGAAAGAAUCAGCAGUACUGGAUGUAACUGAGGUCCCACUACCACAAUCUGAAGAAGUCGUGGAACAAGUGAAGGUUGCUGAAAGCCCAAAACCAAAAGAAGGCAAAGCUGACAGUUUACCACCAGAGGAAAAGCUACCAGAAGUCUCAGAGCCAGAAUCUAAAGAAGAGGUAAUAGAGGAAGUCCAACAAUCAGAAGGGGAGCAUCUUCAUGGCCUAGAAUCGGAUCCAGGUGAGGGGGUAGUAGAGAUGUUAGAACCAGAACCUAAAAAAGAUGCUACUGAGCCACCUGCCGAAUCAAUUAAAAUCCUGCACCCCUUGGAUGGUGUGGACAACCUUCCUUUUGGAGAGGAUGCUGUUCAGGUCAUUGAAGAUAAAAACCUCCUGUAUCCUGUCAGACCUGACUAUCAUCACCCAGCAGAGGAGCAUAAUUUACCCGUCAUACCAGUCCAGCCUUCCAGCGAAGAUGUAGGCGAACCUGACCAUGACUAUCCCAUCAUUGAUCAUUUUUACAACGAGGAGGAUGUAGAGAGUGUAGACGCUCAGGUGGAGCAUGAAGCCGAUUCCACCACAAUGACAGAAACGACAAAAGGCGAUUCACACUCGGAGACGAUCUCUCAUAUCACAGAAGUGACAGCUGCAGACACGACAGGCACAUCAGAGGGCACAGAAGCCACUGAAGAGUUGCCAGAGGAGACACAAAAAAGUGAUUUAUCCCCAGAAACAGACAUCAGUGUGACAGCACCACCAGCUUCAGACUCACUGCCUACACCUCCGGCAGCUUCUGUCGAUGUUUCUGAAGUGUUUUUACCCGUCCCAACAAUUGACUCUGGACUCUUUGAGGUAGCAGAGGAAUCUGAAGUCCCCAUUGUUACUGAGUCUCCUGAGGGUGAUAGCGCUGAGCCGGAGGUGGAGUCAGAGCAAAGCGAGCCAGCUGUCGUCAUUAUUGAUGAAGACUUGGGAGGCUACAUAAAAAAAGAAGGCGGAAGCCCCACCACCCCGCCGGAUGCUAACGAAGAUAUGGUGGAAGAAGCUGUGCAGGACCUGGCUGUGGAGCUGGAUCAAACCAGCGUGGUGGCCACAGACCCAAAUGAGCUCCUGGAAAAGGGAGAAGAGGGGAGCGGCUUCCUGUCUGUGCAGGAGGAACACAGGACCAUUGUCACCACAGCCACACCUCAACUGAGAUACCUAACCACUCCCACCAUGACCACGGCCAGCCACGGCCGGGAGCUGGUGGUGUUCUUCAGCCUGCGCGUCACCAACAUGGACUUCUCUGAGGACCUCUUCAACAAGACUUCGCCUGAGUACAGGUCCCUGGAGAACACCUUCUUAGACGUGCUGCUGCCGUUCCUGCAGGCCAACCUGACGGGCUUCAAAAAACUGGAGAUCCUCAACUUCAGGAAGGGCAGCGUGGUCGUCAACAGCAAGAUGAAGUUCGCCAAGUCGGUGCCGUACAACAUCACCGAGGCGGUCCACUGCAUCCUGGAGGAGUUUUGCACCGCUGCCGCCAAGAAGCUGCACAUCCAGAUUGACACCCACUCUCUGGACAUCGAACCAGCUGAUCAGGCCGAUCCCUGCAAGUUCCAGGCCUGCGGUGAGUUUUCUCGCUGUGCGGUGAACGCCUGGACGAAGGAGGCGGAGUGUCAGUGCCAGUUGGGCUUCGUGUCAGUGGACGGCCUGCCCUGCCAGAGCCUGUGUGUCCUCCAGCCGAACUACUGCCAAGGAGGAGAGUGCCGCAUAGUUCCCGGAUACGGAGCCGUGUGCAGACACAAAGACGGCUUUUCCCUCCCAGGCCUAUCCAGUUAAGAGAAUAUAAAGGAUCGGACGGCACCUGAGAACACCACCACAGGAACUCGGACUCAUCACGGCCUCAUUCAGUCACUCGGUUUAAAUUCAAGUUGAUGCAGAGCUGAGGAGGUUUCGGGACAAACCACUGGCUUCUACACUCCCCAGCGCUCUGAGCUUCAUACAAGAGGGCAAUCGGCCAUCGGGGAAAACAAACGUUUAGGCCAUUUUAAAAAUGUCAGAAAGCCGUCGUCUGCGGCUGAUGAUGAAGAGGAGCUCAGCACAGAUCGGGUUGAUAUCGAUUGACCCUGGACUGCUUUUAUAUAUGUCUGCUGACUCUGUAUGUCUGUAGGCUGUGUGUCACAUGACAUGAUUAGGAAGUAAUCUGAUGGUUCCCCCAGAUGUUAAUGCAAUUUAAAAAAAAAAAAAAAAGGUCUCGAGUGGUGGGUAGCAAUUUGUUUCAUACCAGCAUAAUUUUAUGAUGUUCAGAUGAUAUUUUCUAGAUAAAUAAUAGAGAUGUUCUUUAACUUCCUAUUGUACACCUGAACCUUAUAUGUAUAUCGAGUGAAGAUGCAGUAGUGAUAAAAAAGUUAUUACUUUUCUAUCAAGUUUGAUUCAAAGGACAUUUGGAUGCUUAAUGAGGUUAAAAUAUCCAGUAUUUAUUCUUUCUCUCAUCCCUUAUUAGAUUUAUUAUGCCCCAUAUUUAAUUUUUGUAAUGUUUUGUGGUCUCGUCUUAAUCCCAAGGUUGGGAAUCUAGAGCUUUAAACUAUGGCUAGCUAUGGUGCAGUGCUGAGCUAAUACUGGUUGCUCAAGACUCCGCGUUAGUAAAAAAUGAAUGCAUUGGCCAACCUUGAUGUUAACACCUGGAUCCUUUAAGAUGUAUCCACAGGGUUUUUCUUGGAUGUUACUGCAGAAAUUAAGCUGUGGGAAUACUUCCAUGUUUUCUUUUGCAAGAUGAUUUACACUUUAAUGAAACACUAACAAACUGCUGACGAACUACACCACUGUUGUAGAAUUACGGAGUUCCUGUCUUCGCCGUGAAAAUGUUGAGGAUUACCAUCACACCUUCUCUGGCACAUGUAGUGGCUUCAAAAUUCAGGAGUUCGGGUGAUUACAGAAUAGUUGUAUCUAUUUUAUGAUGUAGAACAAAACAUGAAAUCAGGUGACCCAUCAAUGGUUAGGGUUUGAUUUUGUUUCAGCCCUGUUAAAUAAGCAGAUCGUUUAGAAAUGAAAAGCUAUUAUCUUUUAAAUGUGUUGUCACAAACUGAACAUUACACUCACUGUGUGCUAGCUGCUAGUAUUAAACAUUAAGUCUACAGUUACAACAAAACCUAAAUAAAAAUCCACCCACUUCCUUGACCUAACCCCUAACCCAAACCCUUCUAUAACAAAACCACAGUUAACCAAAGACAUUUUUUCAGGCGUCAAAAAAUAAACCUUUAACAAGACCCACAGAGUUUUUCAUGUAGCACUAUGUAUGCGAUUGUGUUUUCGGCAUGGUAGUCAUAAAUCAAACACAGUACUUAGUGUUUGUUUCUUGUUUGCAGUUUUUGGUUGUGACUGUAAUGCUAACUGCUAAAAUGUAAAACUUUUUAGUCUUCUAACAAUACAUUUAACAGUGACAGAAACAAUUCAACACACCUAAACAUAAAACAAUACCACAAGCCAUUUAGCAUAAAGGCCCAAUAAAAAUAUGGUGCUUUUAGCUAGUUAACAACUUUGGCAUGAGUUUGUGGUUCCGUCUUUUAUGCUACCUAGCUAACAUGGCGACUACUGAAAAGUACUGAGCAUUCUCAACCUUUGGACUGUUUUAAUUUCACUAUCCCUAUUAUGAUAGUGACCACUACCGUUACUAUGGUCGCUGACAACAAUUUGACAGCAAAAGUGUAAAGUACACAAUUUGAGAUGCAGUGCAGUUGUUGACGGCUACAAUAACUGUUCAAAGGUGGCACCAUUAGUGGGUGGCUGAAUGCUAACAUAGUGCCAGCUUUAUUGAAUACGUUUCUAACAUUUGCAUGCUAGCAUACUAACAUUUUACAGCAGAGCUGGGAGAGAAUUCCUCUAGCGCCACCACCUGAUCAAAUUAGAUGGUGGCGCUAGAGGAACUGUCAGAGGAUAACCAACGUUUUUAUUGUUCACCCAUGAUAGUACGUAUAUCUCUCAAAGUUCUAAAUAUACGCAACAUGGAUUCAUGGAUUUAUCCUUUGUGUACAUGCAUUAACUAUCCCUAAUGUAAUAUUAGCUCUUACAUGCUCUGACAGACACCGUGAACUAGAAACGUUUAACGUAUAACUCUUGGUGUUAUCUAAUUGUUCCCUACAUUGUUUGUGAUAUUUCUGUAAUUUUUAUUUACAUUCUGCUGCUAUUACACAGGAAGUCAAGCAAUACGCAAAACCCCCCUAAAUUCCAUUGAGGGGAUUAAUUUGAACUCAAGUACCGCAUACCAUCAAAGGUGCGACUUGCACACCUGUGAAAUGUACAUUUGAGUCAGUUUAGAGGCUUAGAAGUGGAUGUAGUUGCCAUAAACAUAAACUGCACUGCAAAGAGUUAGUAAAUUGAGCUAGCUGAAAACCAUGUUGCAGCAACAAAGCUAGUAAUAUAUCCUUUGGAUUAGGAUUAUUUGUCGUUGUUUGGUUAGAAAGCAUGGAUGAACUUUUAGUUAUUAGACAGUUAAACAGGACGCCAGUUAUAAACUUUCUCUUUACUAAUUUUAUAACACAUCCCAGUUCUGAUUUGUUAAAACAAAAUGUUUUGCGUGAUGCAUUUACUUAUGUUAGUCUAUAUUAUGGUGCAAAUUUGCACCAACAUGAACUGGUCGUGGUCAGUUUACGUGAGUUAAACUCUCAAUUCUGAUGUUGUUUCAGGGCAGCUGGAGCUAUACAGUUCAAAUUCACUUUUACACAGACGAGAAAAAAAAGUUAAGAGCUUGGAGUAAAUGAAGUUGUCGUAGAUUUGCCUUUGCAAAAAAAAGUGAACAGUCAGCAGUGUUAAUGUUUGUCUAAAAACAAGUAAACCCUAGGACCCAGCAAUUUGUCCACGCUAGCAUGUAAGCUAAUAUUAUGUAGAAAAAAAAACGGGAUUCUGAUUGACAUCAACACAAAAUGUAUAUAUAUAUAUAAAUGCUUAUUACACUGGGUACAGGAAAACAAAUAUUUUGGAAAUGUGUCAGAAAUAUUUGCUUAAAACUAAAAAUUAUAUGAUUUAUUAGUCAAACUGAAAACUGAUGUGGUUUUGCCCAAAGGUAAGCCGCCAUGCAGUUCUAUUCUGAAAAGCCAGAAAUGAAUCAAACAGAACAUUCAGUUCGUCAUUCUGCUCAGCAAUGCAAGCAAAUAACUGUAAUUUGGCAUUUUAAAGAACAAAUUAUUUGCAUUUUUUGGUUAAAAAAAUGCAUGGAUAACAAUAAUUAACAAUAACAAGCAUUCCAGUGCAACGGUAUUCAUGUUUGAUGCGAACACACCAUAAAACUGGUGAGCGGGCCCUGUAAAUCCCUUCCUGCUGAGAGGCUCGGGACACAUUUUUCAUUGUGUUAGAAACGGAAAACAACAGAACAAAAGAAGCUUUUUGUUUUUAGUUUUAUUUAUAUGGCGUUAUACUUGUAAAUGAAUUCUGUGGAGUCAAAUGAUCUUCCAUUAAAGUCGUAGGUAGUAAGAUCAAAUCUUACCUUUCUCAGGGUUAAUCUUACUCGCAUGGAUCAUGUCACAGAUCAAACCAAUACUUAAACUUCCCAAAUGCUGUCGUCUUAUUAAUGUAAAUACUGUUCGCUGUUUUUGUCUCAAAUCAAUGCAUCUACUGAUGUUUAUUGCUGCUUGUGUGGGGAGGGAAGCCUCCCCCAAUGACUGUAAUGUGGACUUUUCUUAUUUAAAGUCUUAAAAUAUUAUGUAUGUGUUGAGUUUCACAAUCAGUAGUUGAAAAUACAAAACUGUGUUGAAUAAAACUCCAUCUUCUUCA